GAUAAAAUGCUCGACGGUUACCAUAAGAAAAAAUAUGUCUGCAAGCUUCUUUUCAUAUUUCUUCUUGGCCACGACAUCGACUUUGGAUACACGGAAGCCGUGAACCUACUUUGUUCAAAUCGGUAUACAGAAAAGCAAAUUGGUUAUCUAUUCAUUUCAGUCCUCCUAAAUGACACACAUCCGCUGAUGAACUUAGUUAUAAGCCGCAUCCGCGAUGACAUGUCUAGCCGAAACGCUGUCUUUGUGAACCUGGCCCUCCAAUGCGUAGCCAAUAUUGGCAAUCGCGAAAUGGCCGAACAGUUUGCUUCAGACAUUCCAAAGUUACUCGUUUCGGGUGAGACUUCGGACUCCAUAAAACAGAAUGCUGCACUGUGUCUCCUCCGUUUACUUCGUGUGGCUCCAGACCGAAUGACUGAUUUGGACUGGAUAUCUCGAGCUAUACACCUUCUAAAUGAUCCCCAUCUGGUAAUUACCUCAGCAUUUUGCCUUCCUUUACUGUUUACGAAGUUUUGCACCGCCACCAGGCUUCUUUAG